GUGCGUAUUAACAGCAGUCAUGGUCAGCAUCAAGUGUGGAUCCCGCCGCAAGGCUCGCCGCGCGCACUUCCAGGCCCCCAGCCAUGUGCGCCGCAUCCUCAUGAGCGCCCCGCUCUCCAAGGAGCUUCGCGCGAAGUACAACGUCCGCGCGAUGCCGGUGCGCAAGGACGACGAGGUCCUCGUAAAGCGUGGCUCCUUCAAGGGCCGUGAGGGCAAGGUGACGGCGUGCUACCGCCUCAAGUGGGUGAUCCACAUCGACAAGGUGAACCGCGAAAAGGCCAACGGCUCGACCGUGCCCGUCGGUAUCCACCCCUCCAACGUCGAGAUCACAAAGCUGAAGCUAACCAACCACCGUAAGGCCAUCCUCGAGCGCAAGGACCGCCUCGCGAGCAGCGACAAGGGCAAGGGCAAGGUCACCGCCGCGGACAAGGCAAUGCAGCAGAUGGACUAAAAUGACUACGAUGGUGCUAUUUUGACGCAACAAAUUAUCUUGUUCAUUUUUUAAAAAUAAUUAAUUCGUUCAUAAA